AAACGAAAAUCAGAUGUUUGUAGAGAGAGGACACAGCACAACGCUCUGCUAGGGAUUCCACCUUCACCGUCAACCACACACACCAGAACCACCGUACGCCGGAGCAAAGACAGAGAUCAACUACAAGGCACUCACAGUUCUUCGUCAGAGCUAGCAGUUACUGAAAUGGAGAAUCAGAAUACAAAGCAUAAAACGUUUCAGAAGUUUACAUGGACCCUUACGAACUUCACCAAGUUAAACUCCCAGAAAUUGCACAAAAACACGUUUUCUCUCGAUGGCCACACGUGGAAGUUUCUUCUAUAUCCAAAAGACAUUCGUGGGCAUUGUAUGACAAUUUCUUUGGAUACUGAUGUUGCUAUGCCUCAUGGAUGGGAAAGACUUGUAAAUUUCAAAGUCAUUGUGAUUAAUCAGCUCAAUCACGAAAGAAAUAUAAUAAAAGAAUUUAACCAUAAGUUCAAUUCAGAUGAUUGUAUUUGGAAUUUCAGUUGUGGACUUUGGGACUCUAAUCCUGGAUUCAUUGUAAAUGAAACUUGUAUAAUUGAAGUUUAUAUAUUGCUUCAUAGGUUAUACCAUUUGAAACUAGUUGAUGAAUCAGUGAGGAACAUCAACAAUAAGCUUGUUGAAAGGAUUGAGAAUCUUUUACCCUUGGAAAUGAUUUCAACCUCAUCAUUUGAUGAGAUGGUGAAUUAUAUUCCUCUAUUGGAAGAAGUUUGUUCACGAUAUCCUUCUCUUAUUGACAGUAAGAAAAGAAAAAGUCAAAAAUUUAUUGAAUGGGCUUUUAUAGCUUUGGGUAGAAUUCUUCAUUUUCUCAACACUAAAAAGGUUAGAGACAUGGAUGAUGAUGCUUGCAAUCAUCUCCAAAAUUUAUGGGAGGAAGUUGAGACAUGUGGAUUUGAUUUGGCAUGGUUGAAGCCUCAUGUACAAUUUGCAUUGGACAUGAAAACUUGUGUUCAGAAAGUUCUUGCUAUCAAAAGGUUGGAGGAGAAUGUAACUAUUUUGGAGAAGGAUGUGACUAUUUUAGAGAGAAUCAAAGACUUUGAGAACAAAAAUGAUUGAAGCAGAAGUAAAUCUAGAAAUAACAAGAGACUUGUUGAAAGCAAAAGAAGGCUUUGAAGGAUGUGAUUUGGAUGCUGAACUUGGAUAUGGUAAACAUGAUUCAUGAUUAUUCUUUGUUGAAUAAUUUAUUAUAGGUAAUGGAUAUAUUUUCUUUUUAAUUUUAUCAACAUCUAGAUUUUCUCCUAAUCAUCCAUAUGAGUUUUUUUUUUGAACUUAUUUGACCUGAAUUGAAUAUGAUAAUUUUAUUCUCUUUGUGUUGAAUAGCUGCUACGGAUGUGUUUAAUCUUCAUUAAAGUGUGAAAUUGAUAUUUAACUUUUCGUGUAUAUGUUCAUUGAUAGCUUCUCGAGCUGACCAGACCGUUUUAUAACAGGGAAAAGAAAAAAAAAAUAUUAUAAUAUAACUAAGGAACUUACAAGUAGCAAAUCUAAUUAGAGAUAAAAGUUGCGUUAAGGAGAUAUUAUUUUUAUUGGUGUGUAUAGGCUUUUGGAUGCACGUCAGCAUGUGAGUUUUU